AUGGGAAAAAAUAUUGAGUAUUUGAUUACUGCUGAGUUUCAUGUUGACAAGGGCCCGUCAAUUAUUGACCAGUAUCCUCACCCAUUGCCAGGGUUGCAGAAUCUUCAAUUCUUACCUGAAUUAAUGAUACCUGAUCAAAUUCAUAAGAGAGACGAAGACUAUACCUUAUUCUUAUUCUACCGACACAAAAUAAAUGGAGAGUUUCAGUAUCUAUAUGAGAAGGACACAUGUGAGCCAAGCCCAUACUUUCUCUAUACCCUAGUGAGCAAUGUCCAGGAUUCUGCAUUCAAGAGAGGGUCGGUUAUUAAGUCACUAUCAGUUCUCACAAGAUUAACAUUUUUUAAAAGCCUCAAGCCAGUACUACUUAUAUGCUUGGAGAAAUACUUCGGCUAUAAUGAUGCAACUUAUUUACAAGAACUUUACGAAUCAAUAAAUCAAAAGGAUUUCAGACUAAACACUUCCUUAUCAGCAAUUAAAAAGUUAUUGAUAACUUCGAUAUUAGAUCUACCAAUUAAUUCAAAAAUUUACAGUGACGAAGCGUUCAGGAGAAAGAUUUUGGGUAUUAAAGAUAAAAAGUCUAACAGCGAUUUAUACUUGAGAAAGGAUUUGAGUUAUAACUCAGUUAUUCAAUUUAAUAAUAUGAAUCUUCCAGUCAAAGUGCCCAUGAUUGAUCUACCCGAUACAAUAGGAGACUAUUUUAAUCCAACGGAUUUAAAUUUUAGACCAAACUUAAUAAAUAUACUUAAUGCUAAAUUGGCGACCAGCUUGUUUAAUAACGAAUUAACGAUUUAUGGAUUGCAGACCCCACCUAUAAUAAUAUUAAUUAAUGCCAUCUUGACUGGUAAAAAGAUUCUCUUUUUGAGUUAUGAGAACUCCUCAGGGUACACUAUUGACCACUUACUUUUGACUUUAAAAAUUCUUACUGGUGGUGGGAUUCUCACAGGAUUGCUAUCACAUUAUAAUUUCUUUCCCAUGAUUGAUGUAUCCAAGAUUGAUUUAUUAGAAAAAUGUGAAUCAUACUUGGCUGGUACGAUAAAUCCUUUCUUUAAACAUAACGAUAGAGUGUGGGAUUUAUUAUACGAUUUAGACAGUAAUGAGUUUCAUAUAUCAACUCAGAUUGCUAAUAACCAGGAUGACAGCCAAAUAUUUAAAAAUUCUAUAAUUUCUGAAGAUGCAAAGUUUCUUUCCAACUUACAAUUAUCAUUAUUCAAUUACAAUGAUGACUUGACAACUAUUCAAUUGAUUUUUAGGAGACAUAUUAACGAAAUUAUCAGAAUACUUCUAAGCUCAAAGAACUUUAAUAACAAUUUGCUACCAAGCAACAAAGAUUUUAUUUUAAUGAUGGAUGGAAUUGGUUAUUUUUGGCAUAAUGACACCAACAAAUUAUUGGAAAUCUCUUGUUAUCAAUUAAUCUCAAAAAAGUUUCAAGAUCUUCUUUAUCAAGAAAAGUUCAAGUACACGUUGCUUUUACCUUACUUGGCUAACGAACUAAAUUUGAUGAUUGAUUUGCAAUACCAUCUACAGAGCAUUAACAAUCUAUCAGUAUCGGGAUCUAAUAAGAUUAACGAGAGAGAGACUUGGUUCAACAUUUUGAAAUAUUUGAUUAGUGGAAAAUCCUUGGAGACGUUCCUACUUAUAACAUAUCUAAUAAGACCUAAUUCUUCCUCUAGUUUACAAUCGUCCUCAGUACAUGGUGGAAAUUUGACAGUUUUUGACAAGAAUAAAGGAAUUGAACUUUUACUCAUCAAUUUGUUUAAUAGUGAUAAUCAAAUCAAGACGAAUGUAACUAUGAUUCUACAGGAAUUAAAAGAUAAUUUCCUUUGCGGAUGGUGUCUUGAUAAUUACGUGAAAUCAAAUUUGACUUACGAACUAGCCUUUCAAGAUCUAAUAGACAAUAGGGAAUAA